GGAAGGCGAGGGGGAGGGGGCCCGGCGGACGGUCCCGCUGCGGCCGCGGCUCCCGAGCCUGCCCGUCGGGACUCCGGUGACGAGGGGCGGAGGAGGCAGCGGCCGAAGCCGGAGCGGGGGGCGCUCGCCGCUGCCCCGGGGCCGGGACAUGUCGUCGGCGGCGGUGGCGGCUGCUUCCCGCAGGCAGUCGUGCUACCUGUGCGAUCUGCCCCGCAUGCCCUGGGCCAUGAUCUGGGACUUCACCGAGCCCGUCUGCCGGGGCUGCGUCAACUACGAGGGCGCCGACCGCGUGGAGUUCGUCAUCGACACGGCGCGGCAGCUGAAGCGGGCGCACGGCUGCUUCCCCGAGGGCCGGGCCCCGCCACCGCCCCACGCCAAGCAGCCUCCGCUCUCCGCCAAGGAGCUCCUGGCGCAGCAGCAGCAACUCGGCCACCCCUCGGCGGCGGAGGCGGCGGCGCGGCCCCCGCCGCAGCCCCUGGAGCGCUACUCGCUGGCGGCCGAGCGGCCGCCGCCCCGCCUGGGCGCCGAGUACGGCGGCGGCCGGCAGGUCAACGGGAUCCUGGUGCCCAACGGCUUCCCCAAGCCCGAGGAGCCGCCCGAGCUCAACCGGCAGAGCCCGAACCCGCGGCGGACGCACGCCGUGCCGCCCACCCUAGUGCCGCUGGUGAACGGCGCCGGGCUCCCCGCCGCCAUCGGCGGUCUGGGCAGCCGCGCCGCCGCCGCGGCCGCCGCCUCGCUGGCCGCCAUCUCCGCCGCGCCCGCCCCCAUGGCCGUGCCCGUGCCCCAGCAGCCGGCGGCGGCGCAGGCGGCAGCGCAGGCAGCGGGGCAGCCCGGCGAGCUGGGGCACAAGCGCCCCGGCUCUGUCUCCUCCUCCUCCUCCUCGGGUGGCGGCGGCGGCGCGGCGGGGGAGCACGACAGUGGCGCCAAGGAGAAGCGCGGCUCCGCCGAGAGCCUGCCGGCGGCGGCGGCGGCAGAGCUGGCCGCCGAGGGGAAGGGUCGGCCGGGCGCCGAGCAGGAGUGGCUGGCCAAGCCCAAGACGGUGCGGGACACGCUGCUGGCCCUGCACCAGCACGGGAGCCACACCGUGGCCCCCUUCGACAGCAAAUUCAAGAAAGAGCCGGGCAUGGCGGGCGGCAGGCUGCUGGGCUACGAGACCAACGGCUCCGUGGCCAAGCCAGGGGCCCGGGCUGCCCGGAAGAGGAAGCCUUCUCCCGAGCCCGAGGGCGAGGCUGGACCCCCGAAGAUCAACGGGGAGGUGCAGCCCUGGCUGCCCACCCCGUCGGAAGGGAUGAAGCUGCCGCUGACGGCCACCCCCUUCAUGUCGCCCCCGCCGCCCACCGCCUCGCCCCACUCCAACCGGACCACGCCGCCCGAGGCGGCACAGAACGGCCAGUCCCCCAUGGCCGCCCUCAUUCUGGUGGCGGACAAUGCCGGGGGCAACCACGCCUCCAAAGACGCCAACCAGGUCCACUCCACCACGCGGAGGAACAGCAGCAGCCCCCCCUCGCCCUCCGCCAUGAACCAAAGAAGGCUGGGCCCCGGCAGGGAGGUGCCGGGCCAGGGGGCCAACGCGGCGGCGGCGGGAGGGCUGGAGCCCGUGCACCCCGCCAGCCUGCCGGACUCGUCCCUCGCCGCCAGCGUCCCGUUGUGUUGUACCCUCUGCCACGAGCGCCUGGAAGACACCCACUUCGUGCAGUGCCCCUCCGUCCCCUCCCACAAGUUCUGCUUCCCCUGCUCCCGGCAGAGCAUCAAGCAGCAGGGAGCCAGCGGGGAGGUGUAUUGCCCCAGCGGGGAGAAGUGUCCCCUGGUCGGCUCCAACGUCCCCUGGGCCUUCAUGCAAGGGGAGAUCGCCACCAUCCUGGCCGGAGAUGUGAAAGUGAAAAAGGAGAGGGACUCGUGACUCGCCUGCGCUCGCUGCCCGACGUCACCUUGAACUCGAACUGCUCGAAUUCUGUAUAUAUCUAUAAAUAUAUAUAUAUAAAUAUAUAUAUAUAUCUCCAAGACAAGGGAAAUGUAGACUUCAUAAACAUGGCU